AUGAGCUUUCUGGGCGCCGGCUAUGACAGCGACGGUGAAGACAGCACCGAAGCACCGGAAGCAAAGGUGCAGGCGGGGGAGCCAUCCCCAAAUUCAGCAGACAGCGGCGGCGAUACACUGGCAGACGAAGCCUUGCUCAAGAAGCGGAAGAUUGACUACUCAAAGCUGCCUAUGUCAAGGGGGCUGAGCUUUGAGACUCCGCAACAGACCGAACUCGAGGAGGCGCCUUUGAAGAAGGCGGCAGAGCUGGCUGCCAAUCCAGUGGGUCAGGGUUUGCUUGCGGCUCUACCUCCGCCGAAGGUGACACUGGGAAAGGAAACGGGAUCGAGCUCCAUCCGUCUAGAUUUGGACGAUGACGCUUGGCCAGCGAAGAAGAGCACGGUGCCGGUGGAGGGCCUUCUUCGCCCAGAUAACUACACAGACUUGGACGAGGAGGCCGCAGAGGUGCCAGAGAAUGUUUUCAACCAUCCCAUGUUCUCCACCGACACGGCACAGCCAGACGGUCCAUCGGUAGAUGACCUCCUUGAGAUGAGAAAGCCGCGGCAGUUUGUCGAGGUCAAUGCAGACGACAUGAAGGACCCCGACUGGUACAUGAAAAACCAGAUGGACGGUGGCCCUGGGCUUCUGACCAAGAAGCGCGUGGCAGACGACGUCUCCAUGUUUGAUGGAAGGGGUUGGCGUGCGACCACGCACGCAAACCCCAACAAGACCCAAAAGCGGAAGCACCAGAUCAACUGGCUUGCUACAGAAGCCAUGGAGAAAGAGGCCGAGUAUCUGGAACGGGGACAACAGAAGAUUCUGUCCAAGGCGCAGACGCAUGCCAAGUACGGUUGGUGA